GGUUUUAUAUAUAUUAUCAAGAAACACGUAGUUUUACCGUCUUAUUUAUUCGCAAAUAUAAACGGCGACACAUAAACUUUUUAGUUUAAACUUUCAGGAGGACACAUAUUUUUUUGUUUCUAGUUGUGUAGGGGCCGAAGGUCAACAAAAUAAAGGGAUAUAAUUAUAUUAAUGGGGUGUGCUAUCGAAGGAUUCGGCCUACAGAGUGAAAAUCAGGUGUCAGGGCAUAAAAAUGGUCAUAGAAAAUGUGCAGCAGGUAAGGUAGUUCCCGGCAAGACCCUCCUAUCGGUGAAGUUGGACGCAAUAUCAAGACACUCCGAAACGAUGUCAAAGAAGAAAAAAAUCCUGAAAUGGAUUCAGCAAAUCCCGAGCCGGGUCGGCAAUGGUUGGAAUACUAAUGAGUUGCAUAAGAAUUCUAUGUGUGCACUAGAAAAGAUCCAACGAGUUGACGAGCGCUUGCGAGAAUCUAAAAGCCACUCGCACCACGACUCAAAAUCGGCAUCCGACGAAAGUUCAACUUUGAAGGGAUAGUUUAUGUUUUUAUUCGCAAAAAUACAUGGGAUUGGCUAUUCUUUGUAUUUUUAUGAUUACUAUUUUUAUAAUAUUCAUCAUGAUAAUAGUUAUACAUUUCUAAAGAAAGGGAGGGUUUCCAUCUUGAUGUGUCGAUAUGUGAAGUACCCUUUGCUAUAAAAGUAAUAUAAAACAUUCUCAUGAGCUAUCCGUUUGUUGGUUCUAUUUUUAUUUGAACUUGGUUAACAUUAUUUAGUGACUUUGCUCCACUGUUUUCAUAUUGCGAGCGGUGUUAACAGAGGCCUUUAAUUUAUUAAAAGAUGACUAUCAUAAUGAUGAAUGACAUGUGAUACCAUAAAAAACUGUCAUUAUUUUUAUAUAUGUGUAUUAGUAAAAUUUAGUUUUAAAAAGGAGCAACAUUAUCGAUUCUCUACCAAAUGCAUGUUUUUUAUUUGUGUUACCAAGCGUUGAUCUUAAUAAGUCGUAUAGGACUGUUUAUUCCCACGAUUGCUUUUGUAACCUUGCAGUUAAUUUUGUGUACAUUUUUACAAUUUAAUAUGUAUUUAAGUAAUGGUUUUGCUUGCGAAUUUGAUGAGAGGGGGCUUGUGGAAUACCCUAGUUGAUUUCACUCUUUGUAUACUAUAUUUUCAAGAAUAUACAAAAUGUGUAGAGGGAGUUCUUAGUCAUCACAAUAGAGCUCUCGAUGAUACAAUUUUUAUGCUGUGAUUAUCUUCUUUCCUCAAUACUGUGCAAUAAUAGAAAUUCGUUUCUGCAAUUAUUGUGAGAUUAACAUAAUCAUAUGAUGUGGAUCUCGUUGUGAAGCGGUUAUGCAAACUGUUGUAAAUUUUGCUUAUACAGAGACUAAA